CUGGUUUGCCUGCGUUGCGAAUGAUCGCCAACAAUCGUAGAAAAUGUAAGAAUCCUUCUGUUCUGUGGCAAUGGCACAAUUUGAACGGAAAAGUGUUGAAUUUGAGGACUUUGGAAAAUUUCUAAUUCAAUCAAAAAAUUUUUCUAGACAAUUUUGUGGAAUUUAUCAAGCACGAUUGGCCUCGUUAAAAGCAAAAGUUUCAGAUAGAGCAAAAUUAAAAUGGAACAACCGUACAAUCUUGAGUAUUGUUGAUUUGACUAAAGAUGAAUACAAAGAAUAUCCAUGUAUUGUAAUUGGUACCUUAUAUAAAUACCAAGAAUUAAAGCCUUCCAUAUUGAAAGAAAUUGCUAAUGAACUUCAAGCUGUACCUCAGCCACCACGACUGCAUUAUUGUUCGCCUAAAGAUAUGUUAUUCUUGGAAGAUGAUGUCGCACGUAUAAAGUUAGUUGGUGAUUUACCUUUAAAUGCACUGGUUACUGGACUAGUUUGCGCUAUUUAUGGUCAAGGACUAAAUGAUGGAUCAUUUUUGGUGAAAGAUUUUUGUUUUCCUGGACCAAGCUUAAAACCAUUAACUCAAUUACCAAGUACUUCCACAAAUGAUCAUGGUAAGUUAUUGUUAUUUUUAUCUGGAUUGGACUUAGUCAAUCAAGUCAAUAACUUACCCAUGGAACUACUAGCAGAUUGGAUUAUUGGUUUCUUAGGAAACGAAUCUAUUCAAGAGGAAGCAGCUAAUAUCGUGCGUGUAAUCAUAGCAGGAAACAGUGUUAGAGGCUCAUCAGAAAUCUUUACUCGUAAAGGUUAUUUUCAAAAUAAAAAAAAAGACUGUCAAUUUGCUGCAGAAAUACAUCAAGCCAUUUACAAAUUGGAUUGUUUUCUUAGUAAAAUUACAAAAUCAUGUAGUGUAAUUCUAUUACCCGGAGAAUUUGAUCCAUCUUGUUAUGUGAUUCCGCAGCAUCCUUUUCAUCCUAAAAUUUUACCUACAGCUUCAAAAGGAGGAAACUUAUAUGGUGCUACUAAUCCAUGGAUUGGUAAAAUUGGUUCUCGAAUCAUUGGUGGAUCUAGUGGUCAACCAAUAUUAGAUAUAAUGAAACUAUCAAAUAUAGAGGAUUCUCCUCUAAGUUGCUUAGAAAAAACAUUAGAGUGGCAACAUUUUGCUCCAACAGCCCCAGAUACUUUAUCAGAAUAUCCAUUUGAUAAAUCAGAUCCUUUGAUCAUGAACGAAUAUCCUAAUAUUUAUUUUGUUGGAAAUAUGGAAAAAUAUGAAACGAAACUCGUACAAGGUAUUGACGGGAUUGAUGAUUCUGAAGGUCGACCAAUUAGAUUAAUAUGCAUUCCUAAGUUUUCAACAAGUCAUACAGCAGUUUUGGUAAACUUGGAGUCAUUACAUACACAGUCAAUUUCUUUUGGUUCUGCGUGAUCAAAAAUAUAUUCAAUGUAUUUUAAUUAACAC